CUGGAGGGGUGGGCGUGGCCAGAGCGCGCUGGUGUAGUGAUACGUGCGGAGGAACAUCGUCGCCGUGGUGGACGAUGUGUGCAAGUGUACAAGUACUGCUGCUCCCUGCCAGGCACGUCCCCGGACCUUCAGGACUCAGCGGAGAACCAGGAAAGACCCACACGGAUCUGGGAGGAGUUAGCGAGGCACCGAAGUGACCGGAUCACUCCCACGUUCUGCCAGGAAAGAGCGAAUAAAGGAAUAUAUGGUCAUCCGAUUGUAAGAGCAGCAGGAGACGCCAUGGAAGACGACCUGAUGUUCAGCAUGGAGGAGGAGGGCAGCGCCAAGAGACCCUCGGUCCAGAGGAGCGGGCUGAAGCUGCGGGCCUCCUCCCUCAGCGACGCCAACGCCAGCGAUGACGACGACGAUGAAGAGCACUUCAUCUCCCCCCUCCUGGAUGACUCCGCCAGGGAGGUCUGCCACUACCUGAAAAACAUGGUCUGCACCAGGCAGCUGUCCAACUCUCUGCCCAAAGGCGGCUUCAUGUACAAGCAAGAAAACGAAACAGAGGCGGAAGCGCGGUCGUACAGUGUUUUGUCCGAGAGCGCACGGGCGGCGUGGAUCCAUGCGAUCGAGAAGGCCCGGGCCAUGCCCGACCCCUGGGCUCAGUUCCACCUGGAGGACAUCGCCACCGAACUCUGCGUCCGUUACAGAUACAAUGCCGUCACAGGAGAGUGGAAACAGGACCAGAUCCACCUCAAGAUGGGUUCUCAGCCAUUUGGGAAAGGGGCCAUGAGGGAGUGUUUCAGGACGAAGAAGCUCUCGAAUUUCUCACACAGCAGCAACUGGAAGAUGGCAUCCAAUUACGUGUCCAAGCGUUACAUGGAGCCCGUGGACAGAAACGUCUACUUUGAAGACGUGAGGCUGCAGAUGGAGGCCAAACUGUGGGGGGAGGAAUACAACCGCCACAGACCUCCCAAACAGGUGGACAUCAUGCAGAUGUGCGUGGUGGAGAUGACCGACAGACCGGGCAAACCCCUCUUCCACCUGGAGCACUACAUCGAGGGCAAGUACAUCAAAUACAACUCCAACUCCGGCUUCGUGAGGGACGACAACAUCCGGCUCACGCCUCAGGCCUUCAGCCACUUCUCCUUCGAGCGCUCGGGCCACCAGCUGAUCGUGGUGGACAUCCAGGGAGUCGGAGAUCUCUACACGGACCCUCAGAUCCACACCGAGACGGGGACCGACUACGGGGACGGGAAUCUGGGUGUGCGCGGCAUGGCUUUGUUCUUCCACUCCCACCUCUGUAACAAGAUCUGCAAAAGCAUGGGCCUGACGCCGUUCGACCUGGCCCCGGUGGAGAUGUCCCAGCUGGACUGCACCAACAAGCUUCUGAAAUCUGCCAAAACCGUGCUGCGGGGCUCGGAGGAGAUCUGCGGGUCGCCCCGGGUCCGGACCUUCUCGGCCAGCCGGGUGCCCCCCCUGCUGUCCCGCAUGUCCGAGACCUCCUCCGCCGACGAGAACAUGAGCGAAACCGACUCCGUCCCCUGCUCCCCCCUCACCCUCCCCGGCUUUCCGCUGGGAGCGGGCGGAUCUUUGGGCAGGUCUCCCUCCGGCUUGACUUUCGCCGGAAUGGCCGAACACGACAGACUCAACAAUAACAACGCGGGGGAACACAAGGAGUCAGAGAGCGGAGGAGACAGCGGCUACCCCAGCGAGAGGAGGAGCGAAGGGGAUCCCAACGACCACGUCGACGGGGUCCACCAUCGCUACCACAGGCCUUAUUCUGAAUCGGAUGAGGACAGUGUCAGAAGGAGAAAGAUGGUUGCUCCUCCAAGAGUCUCUGCAAACCUUUAUUCAAACAGUCCCGAAGAAGAAAGGCUGACGGAGGAGAAGUGGAGCUUCUUCCAUUCGUCCCGCGCUCACGUCCACCGGCCCUCCUGCGUGGCCACCGAAGUGGAGCGCCUCAAUGCUCUGCUGCAGAAGAAGAUCGGACAGUCCAUCCUCGGAAAGGUCCACCUGGCAAUGGUCCGAUACCACGAGGCGGGCCGUUUCUGUGAGAAGGACGAGCCGUGGGACCAGAACGCGGCCAUGUUCCACUUGGAGAGAGCGGCCCUGUGUGGGGAGCUGGAGGCCAUCGUGGCCUUAGGACAGUGCUGCCUGCAGCUGCCACAUCACAUCCUGCCGGACAUGGAGCUGGAGGAUAACGCAGGAAACCGAAUGAAAGGGUUCAAGUACCUCCUUCAGGCCGCCGAAGCCGGUGACAGAUCCUCCAUGAUCAUAGUGGCCAGAGCAUUCGAUAACGGAUUCAAUCUGUCAGCGGACAGAAAGCAGGACUGGGCCGAAGCCAUCCACUGGUACGACAGUGUGCUGAACAUGAUGGACUAUGACGAGGGAGGGGAGUUCGACGGCACACAGGACGAGCCGCGCUACCUUCUGCUGGCCAGAGAGGCAGAAAUGUACCAAGAGGGAGGCCACCACCUCUCGGCAGACCCUCAGAAAGCAGGUGAUCUGUUCACAGAAGCCGCAGAAGCUGCCAUGGCGGCCAUGAAAGGUCGACUGGCCAACCAGUACUACAUGAAAGCCGAAGAGGCCUGGGCGUUGAUUGAGGACUAAUUGUUGAGAGUUGGUUUACGCAUUCAGCGUACAUUCUGAAUGAUCACAGUUUACAUAUUUUUAUGACAGAAUUUUUGCUGUUGGCAGUUUGUGUGUGUGUUUGCUGAGCCACCGAAGAUGAGACUUUUCUCUCCCCGUUUCUGUCUCCGUUUGGGAGGCAAAUCAUCCCGGCUCAUUUCCCCUUUUAAUUGUCCCUCUAAUUAUCUUUUUAUUUAAGUAAAGAUGGCUGUAUGAAACACAGGUUGUUAAAAAUUUUAACAAAGAUUAGUUUACUUCGCCCCUUCAAAAUGGUGACGUACUUAUUUGGGAAGAAUUUAUGUGUAAAUGGAAAAAAAAAAAGUGUAUUAAACUUAAAAUUAUAAACUAUAUAAAACUGUUUCAACAGUAUAAAAGUGUAAAAUAAAGUUUGCAUUGCUUUUUAUUGGUCAUCUUUAUUUUGUGGUUGUUGUCUACCACAUAAGGUCGUUUGAACAAAUUAGUCUACCAGCGAGGGAAAGAACCAAUUGUGACUUUUUUUAAUAUAGUUUCCUGAGUUCGAAGAUCUAAUAUUCUUGAUCAACUUCCACUGUUUACUUUUCUCUCAGUUCAAAUAUAUACGCCGUGUAGACAACUGAAGAAUUUAGCUUCAAUUAACAUUCGGAUCAGACAUUACAGUUGUUUCCAAUGAAUAAACUUUAUUCAAACAAUCCACAGGUUAGUUUUUAGAGAUAGCCAAAGGGCCUUUUAUCAAUCUGACAGACGAUAGCAAAUCAGUGUGUGUAGUCUUAUGGUAUGCCCAUCAGAUGGCUUAAUGUGCUGUACCUAACACCAUGUACGUUGCCUUUUCUCACAAAAUGAUCUCAAAAUGCAACUAACAGUGGUUAGCCGUAUACUGUUUCAUAGACAAAAGCUUGAGACUGUUCACUUGUU